UGUUCGGGUUUCUGGUAUUUUAGGAACAUUUAUUACUUCCAUUCAUCUUAAAUGCAUGAGAACUCUUGGGAUUGGGUUUGCUUUUGGGGUUUGAUCGGAAACAAAUGUUAGAAUCUGUCCCAGCUCAGGUUGAAUCUGUUCUUCAUUUGUUUAGAAUCUAGACGCAAUUCCGGAACUCUGUAACUGAACUAUGGUUCUCCGAAUAAGUUGAUUUAAAACCGUAAAGUUCAACAGCACUAAGUGUCGAUCAUCCUAGAGAUAUACGAGAGUUGGAAGCAUGCAGGCCAUUAAUGGGGUGCCUAAAUUCCAAAAGGAUAAAUUAUAUGAGGAUUCAAGAUCGGUAACAGAUUCCAAUCCAAUUAAUUCUGCUCUUAAUAUGGAUGUUUCAAAAACAUUGUCAUCUGCGCAUAUGCUCAACAUCGACAACCAUGAAUCUUUGAAAGCUCCUGCAAGAUUUCUUUGUUCUGAUAAAUUGAAAAUGCUAGAAGGAAACAAUUACAAUGUUCCAAUGGCAGGAUAUCUGUACCCAGAUGGUGAAGGAGAACCGCAGAACAAGUUAAUCAGUGAAAACAAGAUUUCAGUUCUUAAUAAUGUGUCUAGUUCACAAGAAUCUGAUGGGGAUCAGCGUAAUGUUUCUCAACCUCAUUUGGCUGUUACAGUUGCUGUCCCAACCCCUUCCAUGAGUGUAUCAAAGAGAAAAGCUAGUAUUCAAAGGAAUAAUACUGGUCGGCAAAACAGAGCAAGGAUUUCUGGAGGCAUCAAUACAUUGAGAGAACUUCUUCCACAUUCUGAAGAGGGUAGCAAAGCCUCUGUACUGGAUGAUACCAUCGACUAUAUCAAGUAUUUGCAGCUUCAAAUUAAGAUGCUGAGUCAAAGCAGAUUGGGUGGUGAGGCAGCUGCUGCUCCUUUUACUCAUCUUGAGGGUUAUGGACACUACUUGUUCCAUCAGGAGAUGCUUAAUGAACCCCUUGAAGAGAUGAUUGGAAAGUUAAUGGAGUUGGACAUUGCUACUGCAACGCAGCUGUUGGAUAGCAAGGGCCUGUCUGUGAUACCAAUUGCUCUGGCAGAAGGGGUCUUCCAAAAAAGAUGAAAGGCUAAUGGAUCAACCUAUUCUUCUUUGAUUUCUCCAUCGGAAAAUAAUUUUUGGUGAAAGUGGAAGUUUCUUCUGACUGUUUUGAUAUUUCAAAAUCUAUCAAAACCAAAGAUGAUGGUAAGUAACAACUUCAUGGAUACGAUCUUUCACAGUUGAGAGAUUGUUUUGGUCACCGGAAAGAAGGGUAUUUUGAGUAAUUUUCUGUGCGGCAGCUUGCCAAUUUGUCAUAUGUGUUUACUGCCUCACAGCCAAAAACUGACUCUAAGCUGCCUCCCUUUUUCGGAUAUGUUUUAAGUCUUUUGUCAAGGAAAAGGUCCAAUUUAGCCUCCCAAAGCUUCUAAUACUAAUUUAGAGAACUGCUUUUCUUGAAA